AUGGUAAGACCUCCGUGUUGCGAGAAGAUUAAUAUGGGAACAGGAUCAUUGAACGCAGACGAGGAUGCACAAAUGCUUACGUUUGUAAACAAACAAACGACAAGUAAUUGGCAAGUUGGGGCUCCAAGAAAACCAGGAUUAAGAAGAUGUGGGAAGAGUUGUAGAAUAAGAAAAACAAAUGUUACGAAGAAUGACAAUAUUAGGCAUGAAAGCUUUACGCCGCAAGAAGAGGAGAUGAUCAUCAAGCUUCACUCUGCUAUAGGCAGCAGGUGGCCUAUAAUUGCACAACAACUUCCAGGAAGGACAGAUAAUGAUGUGAAGAAUUAUUGGAAUACCAAUCUAAAGAAGAAGCUAUCAGCAAUGGGAAUUGAUCCUGUCACUCAUAGGCCUUUCUCUCAAAUGCUCGCCGACUAUGGCACCAUUAGCGGACUCACAAGAACCCAAACUAGAAUGGGCUCACUAAGUAGAGACAACAAAAACACAUUCUUCAUGUCAAACCAAGAAAUCCAACAAGUCCCAACCGAAACAUUAUUUCCUAGCUUCAACAGCAAUAAUGUCAAAAUGGAACCAUCAGAAAUGACUAAAAAUGAUUCAUCACUUGAUCUUCUAACUCAACUUCAAGCCAUCACACAUGGCAAAGACUCGUCACCAAACAAUGACCUCUCCCUUACACAAUUCCAUGUUUCUAGUGCAUCGUCGUCGUCGUCUUCCUCUAGUACUUGUUCAAUCUUGAAUGAAAUGACGCCACAACAAACGUUCAAUUGGCGUGACUUUUUAAUUGAGAAUACACAAGAUGGAAAUGUCAUUGAUGAAAAGCUAAACUUUGAAACACUUGGAGGGAUUGAGAUAGUCAAGGUUAACACCCCUUUAAUGAUGAAUAAUGGUGUUAAAGAAACUAUAGAAGAAGCUUGCGAUGGAUCAUUUUUGGAAGCCAUGCUAGAUGGAGAAAAUGACAUGCUCUUGGACUUUCCAGGGCUUUUGGGUGACCCAUCUUAUUACUAG